AUGCCAGCCACCGUCUUGCAUACCAUGAUUCGAGUCGGAGAUCUCGAAAAAUCACUCAACUUUUAUUGCAAUGUUUUGGGAAUGAAAGAAAAGAGAAGAAGUGAUUAUCCUGAAGGAAAAUUUACUCUUGUUUUUGUUGGUUAUGAACAUGAAGAUUUUGAAAUUGAAUUGACUUAUAACUAUGGCGUAGAGUCUUAUGAAAUGGGAACAGGUUUUGGACACAUUGCCAUUGGUGUUGAAGAUAUUUAUGCAACUGUGGAACAAAUUAGAAACCAGGGAGGAAAAGUCACCCGUGAACCAGGUCCAAUGAAACAUGGAACUACUGUGAUUGCUUUUGUCGAAGAUCCAAAUGGAUACAAGAUUGAGUUGAUUGAAAAGAAGACUUUGUAA